CUACAAGCUUAUUCUUUUAGAACAUCAUCAGUUCAGUUCAAUCGAUCCAAUUGCAUAGAAAAAUGAAGUUCUUCAUAGCAUUCCUGGCCCUGGCUCUGGCGGCUGCUGAAGCUGGAUACGCGCCGGCUGCGGUUCCAGUCGCUACUUCGGUUUGGCCUGCGUACAGUGUGUAUGGAAAGGGUGCCGUUUCCGCUUGGCCUUAUGGUCACGAUGGCUGGAACAACGCCGCCGGUUGGAACACCUGGAACAAUGGCUGGAAUAGCUGGAGCGACGAUGGUCAUAGUUCGUACGGAUACCCUGGUUAUGCCGCCGGAGCCUGGUCUCCUGCUAACUAUGGUCACAAGACGGUUGUAGUGCACGCCAAUUCGGGAAAGACGGCCUACCCCUACGGACUGCCGUGGGGAACCUACGGUGCUGGAGUUCAUGGAUGGACUGGCCAUCAUGGUGGUUAUCUGCCAACCAUUGUCCCAGUGUCCAAACAGGUUGCUGCCACCCCCGGAUCAGUUCAUGUGGCUGCGGUCCCGGUUGGAGGUGAAAAAGUGGUUGUUGGUAAAACUUGGUAAAUGCGAGGAAUGACUAAGGGUUCAAAUGGGCUUUGUGAACAAUGGAAAAGAUAUCCAGAAAUAUAUUGAAAUACCGUAAAUACGAAAUACAUGUUUUAUUGAAUCCCUACAAAUCUGAAUACAAAGCGACCCCGGUGCAGGACUUAUUGCCAUUUACCUCAGGGACUUCACUAUAAGAUAUUUCGAUGAUAACUUUCAAAACAA